AUGACAAGGGGAAGAGGCACUAAACGUAGUUGGGGAGGUCGUGGGGGCAUGUCUAACAAAGGGGGAGAAGGCUACCAACAACUAUCAAACACUUCCCAUGCCAAUAUUAGUGAACCAUCAACCCCUAUAUCUCAACAAGUUGGUUCAAACCAACAUAUUAUCUCGUCUCAUGAAAGUAGUUUUCGGCAGCUUAUACGUACAUCUCAAGAUGUUCAUGCUCAACAAACAACUUCAGCUUCUCAAAAUAUUGGUGGUCAACAAGCAACUCCUGCUUCCCUGAAUAUUGGUCAUCAACAAGCACCUCGUUCUUCUCAGGAUGUUGGUUCUCAACAAGAAACUCAUUCUCAAGAUGUUUCUGCUGCACAAACACUUGCAUCUUAUGGAAGUAGUAAUCCACAGGCAAGACGAGAUACUACUCGUGGAAUAAUAUCUUUGAAAGUAAACGGAGACACAUUUUGCCCACAUGAAGCUGUUCGAAAUAAAAAUUAUUCUUUUCCUAGUGAGGAUAAAGUUUUUAUUCAAAGAACUUUUGAGCAUGUGGGGAGUGAAAGGUUAAGUGACAGUUUGGGAAAAGCAAAAGGACAAUUUUUGAAAACAAAAGAAAUACCGCGAUGGAUUGCUAAAGAUCACUGGGACAUUUUGAUGGAAUAUUGGAACUCUGAGAAUUUUAAAAAGAAAUCAAAAAUCAACUCGAAGAACAGAAUGUCAUCUAAUAAUGGAGAAGGUCCUUCCUUACAUACCGGAGGAUCAGUUGCAUUUGCUGAGUACAGAAGAAGACACAAGGAGCUAACAGGGAAAGAUCUCCGUAAUGAUGAAUUAUUUCUGAAGACUCACAUAACCAAAAAUGAAAAGAAGUGGAUAUGUGGAAAGUCAGAAAGGAUGUGG